AGUUAGGAAUUGUUGGUGAAGACAUUUCAUGUCUGUGCAAUAUUUCAUAAAGUUUUAGGUUUUUGAAUAAAUUUAUAAUUAAUUGCAUAAUUCCAUCGUUGGGCAAAAUGUCAAGGGGUGUGUGGUCAAAAGUUUUCGUAAAUUUCGUAAAUUCUUUAAGACCUCGCCAAACCAAAGGCAACCUAAUGGGUGAAGACUACAUGUUCAACAAAUAUUAUGAAAUACCCGCAAAUCCCAAAAUUGGAAAAAGAAACCCAUCCCGUUGGUUUGUUCCUAUUGAAAAGGAUAACUUUGAACAGGAAUUACCUGCUGAGUGGGAAGCUUGGCUUAGAGGAAGAAGGAAAGAAGUUCCAGACACUGAAGAAGUUUUAAAAAAUUUGGGAAUUAUGCAAAUAAAGAAAAUAAAUGCCAAAAAAGUGGCUAUUGAAAAUCCAUUUGUUCAUGAAGAAAGUGAACUUCCUGCACCAACAUCCAAAUUUCCUGUUCUCAAAGAUUAUGAGCUACCAGAUCAGAUGAUCAGCAGAAAGAAAUAGUUACUUAUUUUGAUUUUGAUGUUGCUAUUUGUGAUUAAUUAGUCGAAUUUGAAUGCUAAUAGAUUCAUAUAUAAAUGAA